GAUGUCGAUGAUUUGAGCAUCGGAUUCAGGCUCUGCGUGUUCCUCAGUAUAAUCGAGUAAUCUGACAGCCAGAUGAUCCAGUGAUGGACAGCUCCUCGACCGAGCGUUUUUGCAGAAGUGGAAUAGAUAUGAUGAGAAAUUCAUCCCAGCUGUCAAUAUAAGCAACAAAUCUACUCUGAUUUUCCUCUCUUCAAUCUACCUCUGACAAGAUCAGCCAUCAAUAACCCAUCAAAGCUGACCACAAAGCUUCCUUUGUGACUCUUAGAAGAUCCACUUUCAUCCUUCAAGUCAACACCUCUUACAUAUAACUCAUAUUAUUGUUGCAGGGAAAAGCCCUCAGCCAAUCCAGUGGCUGACGGGUUGGGAGAAGGAGGAGGAGCUUCAGGUCCCAUCAGGAGUGUUGUGAGUUUAGUGGCGAGCAGGCUGCUGGUGCCGAAUGCAGAACAUCCUCGAGCAGAACUUGGACAUGGCCACGGCUCUGCUUGCGGGUGAGAAGUUGAAGGAGUUGAUCCUGCCGGGUUCCACACAGGAUGAGAAGGGCGGUGUACUGGCGGGUCUCAUGGUGCAACUCAAACUAGAGUUGCCUUUUGACCGGGUCGUCACCAUAGGAACUGUCAUCAUCCCUAUAUUGCUGGUCACAUUAGUUUUCACACGGAACUUUGCAGAGGAAUCUAUAUAUUGCUACACCCCACACAACUUCACACGCGACCAGGCCCUGUAUGCCAGAGGCUACUGCUGGACAGAGCUGCGGGAUGCAGUGCCUGGAGUCGACCCCCAGCUUCGGCCCUCCUUGUUUGAGCACAAGUUUCUGCCCUACGCUCUGCUGGCCUUCGCAGGCAUCAUGUACAUACCUGCCCUGGGAUGGGAGUUCCUGGCCUCCACUCGACUCACCUCUGAGCUCAACUUCCUCCUUCAAGAGAUCGACAACUGCUACCACAGGGCGGCCGAAGGCAGAGCCCCCAAGAUUGAGAAGCAGAUCCAGUCCAAGGGGCCAGGGAUUACAGAACGUGAGCGGCGGGAGAUCAUCGAGAACGCAGAGAAGGAGAAGAGCCCCGAGCAGAACCUGUUUGAGAAGUAUCUUGAGCGCCGCGGGCAGAGUAACUUUCUGGCUAAGCUGUAUCUGGCGCGACAUUUAGCCAUCAUCUGCCUCAGCUCAAUGCCCAUAACGUACCUGAGCACCUACUACGCCCGUCAGAGGCAGAACGAGUUCACUUGCGCGCUUGGCGAGCCACCGGACACUAGCAGCAUCCCUGAACUGCGGCUGAAUGUUAACUGCAAGCUACCAGCCGUGCAGCUCCAGCGCAUUAUGGCCGCAGUGGACAUUGCUUUGCUGUGUACUAUGAACCUCAUUAUCCUUGUGAACUUGCUGCAUUUGUUUGUAGUUCGGAAGUCAAAUUUCGUCUUCGACAAGCUGCACAAAGUUGGCAUUAAAACACGCCGGCGCUGGCAGAAGUCACAGUUUUGCGACAUUAACAUUCUGGCCAUGUUCUGUAAUGAGAACAGAGACCACAUUAAGUCUCUCAACAGACUGGACUUUAUCACCAACGAGAGUGACCUCAUGUAUGAUAAUGUGGUGCGGCAGCUACUGGCAGCGUUGGCUCAAUCCAACCACGAUGCCACUCCGACUGUGAGAGACUCUGGGAUCCAGACUAUUGAUCCCAAUAUGGACCCCUCAGUGAUGGGUGUGGGAGAAUUGGGAGGAGAGCCCUCAGUAAUCAAGAGACCCCGCAAGAAGAUGAAGUGGAUCCCCACAUCUAACCAUCUGCCACAACAUUUUAAGGAACCCUUGACUCUAACCAGACAGGAAAAUAGUAUAAAGGCAGACAAACCUAAACCAGUCCGAAGGAAGAAUGUAGCAGAUAGCAUUAUUGCUCCACUUCUGGACAGCAAGAGCACACAACAUCCUCCUACUAACAAAGCUGCAGAAACAAAUAAUAUAGAGAAGAAACACACUCUUAACCUCUCGCUUGAUGUCCAUCCUUACAUGCUAACCAUCCAGAAAGCAAAAACAGAAACGGUCAAUCCUGAGCCACCCCCCAUCGAGCACUCUCUCAGUAAUGUGUAUAUUGAGGGUCCACAUACAGUUGUCCAUGUCUCCUCUUCUCAUACUGAGAAGAAAGAAUCUCCUCCACUGUUGACCACCACUGCCUUCUCCACAGCCACCCUCUCCACAACGUCAUAUAUGAAUGGUGAAGCGACCAGCAUGCAACCUCCAGACUCCCCGAAGGUCAAAGAUCCUCUCAACCAAGGAACAGAGCCUGAGAGCCAGCCCGGGCCUUUUAGUCGAAACCCCUCACACCCGCUGCUGAGCAUCCAUCACACCUUGUAUGAGGAUGAGGAGGAACAAAACAGAAGGGACAGACUAGCCAGACCGGGCGAGUUGAUUGCUGCUGGAGAGUGUUGAAGAAAAAUGUAGAUACACACCUGCACAAAAACACACACACACACACACACACACAAAUGCAAAAGCACUUAAAAAAUGAACUGAAGUACAAAGGAAUAUGCCGGUUUUUAGGGUUAUGUUAAUGGUUUUGCCAUUAUGAGUUGAGCUCAGAUUAUUUCAUUUUCAGAGAUGAAGUUUAUGGGACAUUGGGGCAGCCAGUGUUUAACAUAUUUUAUACUCUUAAAGGUGCACUUAAUUAUUUAUGUUUAUGUUAAACGGGAGUUUUCAAUUACUGGUGGGUUAUUAAAAACACUAUUAGAUUUCUUUGUGUAAAAAUAAGUGCACCUUUCAAAAUCAUCUCCCAGCCUUACAUCCACAUAUUUGGACGUGUGUAGUUUGAGGGAAAAUAAAAUCACCCAUGACCUUGGUGCUCACCAUAUGGGUUAAUGAGUUCCCUAUGAGAUUCCAAAUGAAGGCAAGGCACGUCAGAAUUUUGCACAAAGCACCAUUUGUUCCUGUAUCAUCAAUGUCUACAUGGUUUUGUGUUGUUUUUCGCAAUCAACGUCUGUUUCAUAUAGAUGUCUUGAGGUAUCCAGCGCAAUACAUGUAUUCUUAAAAUAUGCAACCUCAUGUUUUAUUGUCGCAAUAAUAUGCACAUUUGGAAUGUAUAUACUGAGCUGUACAGAAAAAAAAUCUGAUAAUAUAAGAGAUUUUAGACAUUCUUU